ACCUUGUUCACCAUCUCAGAAGCAUUAAUAUCUCCAACGUUUUUCUUGAAUUUUCUCCUUCAAUGGCCGAGACCAAAACCCAUGGAUUUGUUUUCCCCGGCAAGAAAAGAUCCGGUCCUGACGAUUUGGACGGUGAUGAUCUUUUUGUUACAAAGAAAUCAAUGUUUUCAGGUUUGGCCCCCACUUCCGAAGAUCCCGUUGCUGCAUUAGCCAGUGCCCGCCAUGAGUUCGGUGAACACGGCGGUGUUAACAUGUCCAUCGAAGCUUCCGCUACCUUCACGGUGAUGGAGCCGGAGACUAUGCGCCGUAUGUUCUCUGGCGAGCUUGGCCCCGAACGAGACUUCUUCAUCUACAGCCGUCACUUCAACCCUACCGUUUUAAACCUCGGCCGUCAGAUGGCCACCCUGGAGGGAACCGAAGCCGCCUAUUGCACCGCUAGCGGAAUGUCUGCAAUUUCGUCAGUUCUGAUGCAACUUUGCAGCAGCGGAGGACACGUGGUGGCAUCAAGGACGCUCUACGGUGGGACCCACGCACUACUGACUCACUUCUUGCCAAGGGCUUGCAACAUAACGACGUCGUUUGUGGACAUCAGCAACCACGAGAUGGUUCAAAAUGAAAUCGUGGAAGGGAAAACCAAUGUGCUAUUUUUUGAGUCAAUGUCCAACCCCACACUCACGGUGGCUAAUAUACCGGAGCUGAGCAGGAUAGCUCACGACAAGAGAGUAACGGUGGUGGUGGACAACACAUUUGCUCCGAUGGUGCUCUCGCCGGCUCGGCUAGGAGCCGAUGUGGUGGUUCACAGUAUCUCAAAGUUCAUCUGUGGCGGGGCCGAUAUUAUUGCAGGGGCUGUAUGUGGGCCUGCAAGUCUGGUAAAUUCCAUGAUGGACCUUCACCAAGGAGCCCUGAUGCUGCUAGGCCCAACGAUGAAUGCGAAGGUUGCCUUUGACUUGUCUGAGAGAAUUCCUCACUUAAGCCUUAGAAUGAAGGAGCAUUGCCGCAGAGCAAUGACUUUCGCCACAAGAAUGAAGAAGCUCGGCCUGAAAGUCGUUUACCCAGGCCUUGAAGAGCACCCACAGCACGAGCUCCUGAAGGCGAUGGCCAACAAGGAAUAUGGGUUUGGUGGGCUUCUCUGCGUGGACAUGGAAACUGAAGAAAAAGCUAACAGGUUGAUGAACUACCUGCAAAAUUUUACUCAGUUUGGUUUCAUGGCUGUCAGCUUGGGGUACUAUGAAACCCUUAUGUCUUGCUCCGGUAGCAGCACUAGUAGUGAACUGAAUGCUGAAGAAAAAGCCCUGGCUGGGAUUUCACCAGGGUUGGUUAGGAUGUCGAUUGGAUACAUUGGGACAUUGGAGCAGAAAUGGAGCCAAUUUGAAAAGGCACUUUCCAAGAUGCAGGAUUUGGGUUUAUUCAUGUAAACUUUAGAGAAAGGAACCAGAACUGAAUAAAACAGAGGCUUUUUCUUAUUUCUCCAUAGUUAAGUACAAGUGUUGUCAUACAUAAUUGGAUCCGAUGUUUGAGAAGAUGAGCAAUACAGUUUGAGAAGGAUUUCAAUAGAGAGAUGAGGUUGUUUUGUCCAA